AUGAUUGUAGGAUGGGCGUACUUUACAGCAUGGAGCAUCUCAUUCUAUCCUCAAAUUUUACUCAACAUUCAAAGAAAAAGUGUUAUCGGUCUCAACUUCGAUUUCCUUGCGCUGAAUAUCGUUGGGUUUGCUGCUUAUUCCGCCUAUAACUUAUUCAUGUACUUGUCUAAGACAGUACAGUUGAAUACGUAA